CAGAGACAGGUGAAUAGGCUGGCUAUGGUGACGGGACGAUGUUGGCCAGAAAGAGCAUCAUCCCCGAGGAGUAUGUGCUGGCGCGCAUCGCGGCGGAGAAUCUGCGCAAGCCGCGCGUCCGAGACCGCCUCCCCAAAGCCCGCUUCAUCGCCAAGAGCGGGGCAUGCAACCUGGCGCACAAGAACAUCCGCGAGCAAGGGCGAUUCCUGCAGGACAUCUUCACUACCUUGGUGGACCUGAAAUGGCGCCACACGCUGGUCAUCUUUACCAUGUCGUUCCUCUGCAGCUGGCUGCUCUUCGCCAUCAUGUGGUGGCUGGUGGCCUUUGCCCAUGGGGACAUCUACGCUUACAUGGAGAAAAGUGCAAUGGAGAAAAGUGGUUUGGAGUCCACUGUUUGUGUGACUAAUGUCAGAAGCUCAAUGUCCCACCAUUUCAUUGAAAUUAGACACACCUUACUGUCUUUCACCUCUGCUUUUCUCUUCUCCAUUGAAGUUCAAGUUACAAUCGGAUUUGGAGGGAGAAUGAUGACAGAGGAAUGUCCUCUGGCCAUCACAGUUUUGAUUCUCCAGAACAUCGUGGGUUUGAUAAUCAAUGCAGUCAUGUUGGGCUGCAUUUUCAUGAAAACAGCUCAGGCUCACAGGAGGGCGGAAACCUUGAUUUUCAGCCGCCAUGCUGUGAUUGCUGUCCGAAAUGGCAAGUUGUGCUUCAUGUUCCGAGUGGGCGACCUAAGGAAGAGCAUGAUCAUUAGUGCCUCAGUGCGCAUCCAGGUGGUCAAGAAGACAACGACACCCGAAGGGGAGGUGGUGCCUAUUCACCAGCUGGACAUUCCUGUUGAUAACCCAAUUGAGAGUAAUAACAUUUUUCUGGUGGCCCCUUUGAUCAUCUGCCAUGUGAUCGACAAGCGCAGCCCCUUGUACGAUAUCUCAGCAACCGACCUCGCCAACCAAGACCUAGAGGUCAUAGUGAUUCUGGAAGGAGUGGUCGAAACUACUGGCAUUACUACACAAGCAAGAACCUCCUAUAUCGCUGAGGAGAUCCAAUGGGGCCAUCGCUUUGUGUCUAUUGUAACUGAGGAGGAAGGAGUGUAUUCUGUGGAUUACUCCAAAUUUGGCAAUACUGUUAAAGUAGCUGCUCCCAGGUGCAGUGCCCGAGAGCUUGAUGAGAAGCCUUCCAUCCUGAUUCAGACCCUCCAGAAGAGUGAACUAUCCCAUCAAAAUUCUCUGAGGAAGCGUAAUUCCAUGAGGAGAAACAAUUCCAUGAGGAGAAACAACUCCAUCCGCAGGAACAACUCAUCCCUCAUGGUGCCAAAGGUGCAAUUUAUGACCCCGGAGGGAAAUCAGAACACAUCGGAAUCAUGACAGCAAGACAACCUCAAGAAAAAUUUCCUCAAGUGUUGGUGGUUUAGGCAAAGCACUGUCAGACUGCACCAGAGCCGGGACACAGUAAUUUGUUCUUCUAUAUCUUCAUGCACCAAAUGACACUCAUAUUCAAGCAACAGCACUCUCUGUGUCAAUAACCAGCAACACACAAGGUGGAGGGUUCAUGGCGGACACGUGUCUCACACUUGCGGUAUUUGCAGUGACAUGCUUCUAUUAUGCAUAGGAAGUAGUCGGCUCUCCUUUCUCUCAAUUGAGACCCAAGAAUUCCACUCAUAGUAAUAGACCUUGAAUACCAAAGUUGGCCAAGGAAUGAUUCUGUUUGAAAUGCUUAGUGCUUGAAACCACAGAUCUCUGUUUUCAUUGGUCACUCUGAAAAUGCAAGUAGGAUGGGGAGGGGAUCCCCAAAAGGGUGCUGUUAACUCUGUUUGUGUAUCAACCGGUAAGUUGCCUUCUCCUUUUUCCAGAUACUGCGUCUGGUAAGAAGCCUGAGGCAAAAAACUAAUUCCCUCUAGUUGCUUCUAAACAGAUUGUGUUCAGUCUCUUCUUCACAGUGAUCUUUGCAGGUUUCCUCAUCCUCCUCAUGGCAGCCUGUUGGCAGAACUGGGCAAAGAGCUUUGGAGAAAAGCUAAGAACAUUCCUGUCUCACUUAGGACUGGAUUCCCAAAAGUGACAGUUAUUGCUUUUGGCUUCUCACUUCUUAAAAGCCCCCACAAGGGAAAUACUGUAUUGAAUAUUUUAUUAAAAUAUUUUCUUUGUA